AUGGAUUUGUCGGUCGCCGCUGCCGUAGGAUCCUUCGUGGUGUCCGAAAGAGUUUUGAAACCAAAGGCCACAGCUCUUGUCAUUCUGGGUUGUCUCCUCGCGUACGAUUUGAAAACGAAGACGCACGAUGUAUCAUCAUUGCGUGUAUAUCGUGGUCCUGCAUUGCUUGCUUUCACAUUAAUGAUGGCUGCCUACUCACUGCGUACAUGGAGACGAAAUGGGGUUGCAUGUGAUGAAUUACUGUUUCUGCCGGGGACAGUUCAUGGUCACGAAAACGGUGUCGAAGGUCCACUGAUUGAGAUGACAACGCCAAGCGAAGACGAGGACCAGGCCGAGGCCGAUAUGGCUGCUGGCGGAUCACAAAUGGUGGGAAAACCAAGAUGGAGCACUAUGAGAAGAAGAACUCUUUCGCAGGACGAAGAUGACUCUACUGAGGAACUACAGGCUCUGGCCUCCUCAAGUUGGACUGAAAACGAAGGCAACCAAGGAAGCUUCGAUCAAGGUGACAUGGACGGUACCGAUAUUGAUGGUGAAGGAAUGGGGAUUAGAAUGGAUUCGUCGGAAGAAACAACGCUGCUAUCUGAACCCCGAGGAAUCAUUCAACGGUUUCGCGAAAAUCACCCAAAAUUAGACAAACUGUGGACUCUCUUUUUCGACCGAGCGACAUCUGCUGGAUCACCAAGUGCAACUUAUGCUCCUUCUGGUCCAGCUGUUUUCGGUGCUGGCUUGGACUUGAGUAUGCCAGUUUUAUUCAAUUUUCAUCUAUAUAUAGAGGCAUACAACCAUAUACAAGGUCCAGCAGGCGAGACCCCAGCAAAAAUUCUGCCAGUGAUUUUCUUGAGUGUCUUGAUGGUGCGAACCGUUGUUCCACCUAGUAGAAGGUUCAGGUUUUGGAAUACGCUGAAAUUCACUUUCACAGCACCACUACAUUAUGUUCGGUUUCGGGAUGAAUUUAUUGGGGAGGUGAUGACAUCAUGGAUUCGACCAGGGCAGGAUCUUUUCUUUGCCAUUUCGUACUACCUGACUGUUAUUUGGGGUACAGUAUCAGGGAAAUACGGACUUGAACAAUGUGGUGCCAUCCUCGAAGAUUCAUGGCUUUUGCACAACGUUAUCCUGCCGUCCUUGGCAAUCCUUCCAUUAUGGCUCAAAUACUUGCAAACGCUUCGUCAAGCCUAUGACAAUAACAAACGUUGGCCGUACCAAGCAAAUUCCCUGAAGUAUUUGAGUGCAACACUGGUAAUCAUCUACGGGGUCACCCAUCCUGACGAAAGGCACCACCCAUUUUGGGUUGCCUCAUUCGUAUUAGCCCUUUUGUAUCAAAUCCUUUGGGAUGUCGUCGUGGACUGGGAGCUAUUUGAAAUUCAGCGGGACAUUCCCGUUGAGGUUGAUUCAGAUACUUGUCUUUCUCGAAUCAACAGCAUGACAUCUUCCUCUCAGAUAGUUGUCAUGCUUCAGACCCAAAUUCUCCAACCGGUAGCGAAUGCAUACCAACGGAUUCCUAGCUUUGGAAGGAUUCGUUUACGACAGAAACGCUUGUACAAGACCGAAAACUUCUACUAUAAGAUUCUGGCGUACAACAUAAUCAUGCGAUUCACUUGGAUGGUAUGUCUAAUUCCUUCUUACCACGUCUCGAGGCGGAAAGAGACAGUAUUGACAGACACAAGCGAUAUCAAUAGUUACUGGGGUGUUUUGCUCCCCAUUGCCGAGAUCGUGCGACGAACUCUUUGGGGAUUUCUCUUUGUGGAGCGAGAGACCAUUCGAUUGAUGGAAGCUGAUUCCAAGUACUCUGUGGAAAUAGAAGAAGAAGAAUCUGACGAAGACGAAGAAGGAUCGAAAUAUAAUGUUCGAUCACAGCUGAUGCCAACUUGGCUAGACAACCAACAACAAGUUGCUCACAAUGCAGCAACAUCAAGGGCUAAACAAAGAGCCGAGUGGAUGCAGCGGUUGUUUGUUUUGGAACUUUAUGUCUGGGCAGCUGCUUUUGUUAUUCUAGGAUGCUGGGUAGCUAGUUAG